AUGGCUCUUUCAGACCAAGAAUUAUUUGAAUUGAACAAGAAGGCCGUUCAAGAAGGGUUCAAGAUUAAGCCUAGAUUGAACUACAACACUGUUAGUGGUAUUAACGGUCCAUUAGUUAUCUUAGAAAAAGUUAAGUUCCCAUGUUUCAAUGAAAUUGUUAAUUUGACUUUACCAGACGGUACCGUUAGACAAGGUCAAGUCUUAGAAGUUAGAGGUGAUAGAGCAAUUGUGCAAGUCUUUGAAGGUACAUCCGGUAUCGAUGUUAAGAAGACUACCGUCGAAUUCACCGGUGAAAACUUACGAAUCCCAGUUUCUGAAGAUACUCUAGGUAGAAUCUUUAACGGUUCAGGUAAACCUAUUGAUAACGGUCCAACCGUCUUUGCUGAAGAUUAUCUAGAUAUUAAUGGUUCUCCUAUUAACCCAUAUGCCAGAAUUUACCCAGAAGAAAUGAUUUCCACCGGUGUUUCUGCCAUUGAUACCAUGAACUCUAUUGCUCGUGGUCAAAAGAUUCCUAUCUUCUCUGCUUCUGGUUUACCACAUAAUGAAAUUGCAGCUCAAAUCUGUAGACAAGCCGGUCUAGUGAGACCUACUAAGGAUGUUCAUGAUGGUCACGAAGAAAAUUUCUCCAUUGUUUUCGGUGCUAUGGGUGUUAAUUUGGAAACUGCCAGAUUUUUCAAACAAGAUUUCGAAGAAAAUGGUUCUUUAGAGAGAACUUCUUUAUUCAUGAAUUUGGCCAAUGAUCCAACCAUUGAAAGAAUUAUUACUCCAAGAUUGGCUUUAACUACUGCCGAAUAUCUUGCUUAUCAAACCGAACGUCAUGUUCUAACCAUCUUAACAGAUAUGUCUUCCUAUGCCGAUGCUUUAAGAGAAGUCUCCGCCGCUAGAGAAGAAGUUCCAGGUAGAAGAGGUUACCCAGGUUACAUGUAUACCGAUUUGUCCAGAAUUUACGAAAGAGCUGGUAGAGUUGAAGGUCGUAACGGUUCUAUCACUCAAAUUCCUAUCUUAACUAUGCCAAACGAUGAUAUUACACAUCCAAUUCCCGAUUUGACUGGGUAUAUUACCGAAGGUCAAAUUUCCAUUGAUCGUCAACUACACAACAAGGGUGUUUACCCACCUAUUAAUGUCUUGCCAUCUCUAAGUAGACUGAUGAAGUCUGCUAUUGGUGAAGGUAUGACCAGAAAGGAUCACGGUGAUGUCUCCAAUCAAUUGUAUGCCAAAUACGCUAUUGGUAGAGAUGCUGCUGCCAUGAAGGCCGUUGUUGGUGAAGAAGCUUUAUCUAUCGAAGAUAAAUUAUCUCUAGAAUUCUUAGAAAAGUUCGAAAAGACUUUCAUCUCUCAAGGUGCUUACGAAAAUAGAACUGUUUUUGAAUCCCUAGAUCAAGCUUGGAGUUUGUUAAGAAUCUAUCCAAAGGAAAUGUUGAACAGAAUCUCUCCAAAGAUCCUAGACGAGUUCUACGACAGAUCCAGAGAUGCUGAAGAAGAAGAAGAAGAAUACGAAGACGAAGAUGUCACUCCAGACAACAAAGCUCCAGUUGCUACUGAAUCUUUGAUCUAG